GCUCCGAGCGGGGCCCGGGCUGGCCCUGCCCGCUUUUCCCGGCUCUUCCCGGCUCUUCCCCGGCCGUUCCCCCCCGGCCCGGCCAUGGCGCUGCUGCGGGCGGCCGCGCUGCCGGCCGAGGGCGGCCCGGCCUGGCUGCCCACGCACGUCCAGGUGACGGUGGUGCGGGCCCGCGGGCUGCGCUGCAAGGGCGGCGCCGGCACCGGCAAAGGCAAAGCGGGCGGCAGCGACGCGUACACCGUGAUCCAGCUGGGCCGCGAGAAGUACAGCACCUCGGUGGCCGAGAAGAGCGGCGGCAGCCCCGAGUGGCGGGAGGAAUGUGCCUUCGAGCUGCCCCCCGAGCCCGGGCCCCGCGCCGGGCUGGUGCUCACCGUGAUGCACCGGGCGCUGGUGGGCAUGGACCGCUUCCUGGGGCAGGCCGUGGUGCCCCUGGAGCCCGCCCGGCAGCGCGGCAGGGAGCCCGACGAGCGGUGGCACAAGCUGCACUCCAAGGCCGGGAAGAAGGAGAAGGAGCGGGGUGAGAUCCUGGUGAGCAUCCAGUUCACGCGGAACAACCUCACGGCCAGCAUGUUCGACCUGUCCAUGAAGGAUAAACCGCGGUCCCCCUUCGGGAAGCUGAAGGACAAGGUGACAGGCAAGAAGAAAUACGACCUGGAGUCAGCCUCUGCCAUCAUCCCCAGCAGCCUGGGCGCCCUGGACGUGGAGGAUGACUAUGAAUUGGGCGGCAAGAAGGCCAAAGUCAAGGGCUUCUUCCUGAAGAACAAGCUGCGCAAGUCGUCCCUGACGCAAUCCAACACUUCCCUGGGAUCCGACAGCACCAUCUCCUCUGCCAGCCUGAGCUUGGCAGCAAAUGUUCCUGAGGUAACCAAAUCCCCGAGCAGACACAGCAGUCUGUCCAUGGAGCGCUCUGUGAAAGACUAUUUGCCAUCUCCCACGCUGACCCACAAGAGAGCCUUCAGCGACGACGUCUCCCAGGUCAGCCCGGUGCCCGAGCCCAGAGCCACCCAAAGCCCGAAGCCAAAGAACGACCCCGCGUCCCGUUCCUCCCUCUGCAUCAACGGGAGCCACGUUUACAGCGACGAGCCCGCCCCGAGGAGCCCCGCGCCGGCCCCGCCGGGCUCUGCCCCGCUGCCCGUGCCCAGGAGGCAGGAGGAGGGCUUCGGCUUCGCCCCGCUCCACCCCGACCCCCACGAGGCGCCCUGGGGGGCGGGCGGCUUCGAGAGGUCUCAGCAGAGGGACGAGCCGAGGUUCAUCCCGUCCCCUCCCAGCCUGGCCCUGCAGGAAGAGCUCAAGGUCUCCACCAAGGCCGUCACGCUCAGCAACCACCUGGGCAGAGCCCGGAUGGAGGAGAGCGGCCGCCUGGAGAACAGGCCGGCCCCAGCCGCGGCUCCCACGGGCUCCUCCUCGGAGGCAGCGAAGGACCAACAGCCUGAGGAGGCCAGGAAGGAAGAGAAGAAACCAAAAGGCGGCUUCUUCCACCACGGGGGCAGCCGGAGCGAGGCGGGGAGCAAAGGCCAGGGGGAGAAAGGGGGACCCUCCGGCCACGCCACGGCAGCGGGAGACGAGAGGAGCAAGAGCAGCGGCUGGUUUGGUUCAAAGGAGCCCAAAGAUUCCCCUCAGAAACCCAGUUUCCCGUGUGGGCCGCAUGCUUCACCAGAGGUCGCUGGGAGCUUUUAUUCCUCUGAGGAUUGCAGUCCCUCUGCCUCCCUAAGGCACACAGACCCAGAGGGGGAGUCUCCAGCCAAAAGCAUUGGUGUCCCCGUUCCUGAAACCACUCCCCCAUCACAAGGAGACCUUCCUCCUCCGGACGCCGAACCCGCCGUCCCUCCGCCGCUCUCGGAGUGGGACGACACCUUCGAUGCCUUUGCCACCAGCAGGCUCAAGCCAGAAGGGAAGAAGGACAACUUCUUUGCUUCCCUGGCAGCAGAAGGCAUGGCUUUCAUCGACGACGCCGAUGCCGCCAGCCCGACGGAGAGGGCAGCCAAGCCAGCCCACGAGAAGGGGGUGCAAGGAUUUGAAAAGGCCGACUCCCAGAUGGGCGGCGAAAUGCCCGCGGCUCUUCGGUCUUGGACAAAUUUCUCCAGUUUAGAUGUGGGGGCCAACUUGGUGAGCACGACCCAGGAGGCCACGGUGAUAGAGGACGUGCUGAGCCCCGUGUCUGCGGGCUCCACGGGGAGGAGGAGGAAGAGCAGCACGCCCAUGGUUUGGACGGCCGCGUUUGCGUCGGGGAACGCCGCGGAAAAAGAGGCUUCGACAGCUGGAAGUAGCGCUAGGGAGGGAGGGGACAGUGAUGAGGAGGAAUCGUCUAGUGCAGGGACAAAUGGCUGGAUGACCAUCGCCACGGAAACCGCUCCUGAGCCCUCGGAGAGCACCCAAAGCGUGGCCGAGGAGCGCGCGGGUCAGGACAGCGUGUUCGGCCCACGAUCCUCCUUCCUCGGCGAUGGCGCCUUCGAAGCCCGCGUGUUGCCCAGGACCACCUUCCCCCCCGAGCUCAGCCCCGAAACUCUGCCAGGCAGCAACGUGGUGGCCGUGCCCCCACGGGUGGCAGCACGGCCGCUCCCUGCCCCUCCCGAGCCGGGGACGGAGCCCCAGGGCGCCGGGAAUGAGGAGGGCGCCUUCGACAUCCGGACGUCGGUGUACCGGCUCCAGGCCAGCAUGAGGCUGGAGGCCAGUGAAAGCCUUGUAAAGCUCAGCUCUGACAUCCGGGAGAGGCACGUUGUCCUCUCCCCGUGGACGGGGACCCAAGAGCGGGAGGAGAUUGUGGCCGGCUCGGUGGUGCCGCCCCCAAAACCUCCCCGGUGGUUCGCAGCUGCUGGUGUUGGAGGGGACGGGGAGGAGGAGGAGGAGGAGGCUCCUGGCCCACAGCGAGGCAAGGAGGAGCGAGGGGAAGACACGGAGCACCCAAAAGCAGAUGUGGAGUUGCCAAGGAGCCGUGUGAGCAGCGAGCCCUCAGUCCCGGCAUCUCCCAGCCCACCCGCCCUGGGAGUGGACAUUGCCGAAGCCGGGAGGGAGUUUCUGAUCUCCAAGGAUGCUGAAUCUGGAGACUCAGCAGUGAGAGCCAGCGAGCUGGGAAAAGGGGACACCUCUCUGGGGGAAGAGGCAUCGGAGAUGAACGAGAUGGAUGUCGCUGAGCAGUUCGAGACUUGCGCGUCCAAGUUCUCCCGGGACGGAUUAGGCCAGUCGGGUGCUGAGCAGAGCUGGAGCCAGCCCCGUUUGUCCCCUCAGACGGGGCCCACAGACAGUGCCAAGUGGGAGAUGGCCUCCAAACAGGAGCCACUCCCCGAGAAGCUCAGCAUUUCAGGACUAAACCCACCUUCCACGCUAGACCUGGGCCAGCCAGAAAUGUUCUGGACGGCUCCGGAAGAGCAGGAGGCAGCUGCUCAUCCCGCUGCUCUCAGCCCAAGGUUAGCACGCAGGGAGAGCUCACCCCGGCCAGAGCCGGCAUGGGAUGAUGGUGAGGGGCAAGAGGGACACCAGCCUGAGCCUUGUGCCCCCACAGCAGUGGAGGAGGAGGCAGAGCAGGGCAGACCCCCCCGCAGCGAGCCCGAGGGGCCGUGGCACUCGGCAGAGCGCAGGAUAGACUUCAAGAAGGCGGAUUUCUGGAAGCCAGACAGGGCGGAGGAGAGGCACCAGCAGGGAGCUCCAUCCCCGAAAAACCCCUUUACUCUGGCCCUCAGCCCCAACUCCCCAGGCAACCCCUUUGUGGAGACACCCCCAGACCCCCUCCCCGCUCAAGCCGCGCUGCCUGAAAAGCUUGACCGGGGCCCCUCGAGCUUGGCCGGCCCCCGCGAGGAAGCCUCGUCCCGGCCCACUAACCCCGCCGGGCACCCACUCGCGCAGCCUCCCUCCCCGCAUGCCAGCCAGCCCUUGGCCUCCUCCACCCCUUUCCUCGUGGCUGCCACUAACCCCGAGCAGUUUGGUUUCCCCUGCCCUGCCGUGUUCCCCGCCAGCAGCGGGGGCCCCGCCGCCUCCAGCCGCGCAGCCGCCCAGCCCUGCCCUUGGCCGCAGCCCGGGGACACACAGGCUUCAGCGCUCGUGGUUUUGCCCAGGGAGACACGGCCGGCUGAGAAGCCCCUUUUGCAGCAGACGACCAGUCCCCACCCGGUGAAGCCCAUCAGCGCCGCCGUGCAGGAGGUCUCUGCUGAGAAGAAGCAGCAGCACAGGUCCAGCCUGACCUCAGCCCUGAGCAAUGGCCUGGAGAAGCUGAGGACAGUCACCACGAGCAGCGUCCAGCCUGUGGCCCCGACCUCCCACCCGGAGAAAACGGACCCCAAGAAGUUAAAGGAUCCCACCGUGCUGGACCAGUCAGCCAAGUAUUACCACUUGACCCACGACGAGCUCAUCCAGCUGCUGCUGCAGAGGGAGAUGGAGCUGAGCAAGAAGGAGGAGCACAUCCACGAACUGGAGAACUACAUCGACCAGCUGCUGGUUCGCAUCAUGGAACAGUCUCCCACCCUCCUGCAGAUCCCCCUGGGGGAAGGCAGCACCAAGUAACCUCUGCCCAGAGACCAGCAGCACUCGCCUAGAGCACUUCUCCAGUAAACACGCUGCAAACA